UUCCUAAUCCUUUUAUGCCGUCCAAUUCGAAGACGAAGCGAGACGCAGCCGCUGUUCAGAGAAAUGGAAGCCGCCAUGGAUCAUUCCACUAAUCCUCCUGGGGGAUCGUUGCUUCGAUAUCCAUUGAGAUCGACCAAGGCGAAGGAUGCGAAGCCAUCGAAUGAGGAGCCGCAUAUCGCUUCGUCUACCAGAAGGGUGAGGACUUCUCCAAAUGUGGCCAAGAGCAUGAGUGAACUUGAUCUUUCUGGGAAAGAAAAAUCUGUGAAGCCUCCAAAGAGGUUCCCAAACCUUAUCAAGUCUACUAAUUGUAGCCCUCUUGCCAUGCCUGCUGGAAACUUGACACCAAUAUCUGAAAAUCAGAAGAGCGGGUUGAGCACUCAGUUGAAUAGUGACACACCUAUGGCUGAUACGUCAAAAUCUAUCCACAGGAGAAAGUUUUGUGUGUUAUCUUCCGCUUCCUACUGGUUAGCACAGAUCAAACUUUCGGAGUCAGCAUCAAAGCACUCUGUUUCGAUUGGCUUUUUCAAGCUUGCCCUUGAAUCAGGAGUUGAGCCUCUGUCUCGAAUUCGUGAAGAACUCAAGUCAUAUAUCCUCAAGCACAACCUUUUAGCAGAAUUAGAAAACAUCACAAAGGAUAUACUCGAUAUUUACAACAUACACGAAGAUCUUGAGAAGCUGCAAAUUUUGGAUGAUGGUUCUCAAUUACCAAAUGAUGUAUCCCUGAAAUCGGAUGAGGCAGCUAAAAACUCUGCAAUUGCUUCAAGUGCCAAGAGUUUGAAGCCAAAUUUUUUAAGCAGAAACACUCUUGUUGAAUCAAAUAAGAAAGAAGUUGUUCCCAAGAGAACUCCUGCAACUAAAAAACAGUCACCUACAUCUAGAAAUCUAAAUAAUUCAGUUAUGAAUGAUUCUGCUGGUAGCAGUGCAGUAGAGACAUCACAACGGCCAAAAAAGCUGCAACUGAGCAAAGGAAAAAGCAUCAACAAGUGUUCUGAGAAGAAUUUAAGCAGUGAAG